AAAUCUUCUCUUUGUCGUUGACCUUAAACAACUCCGAUCAUGGCGGCUCUCGACGGCGUCGUUGCCCAUCCCCAUUUUCUUCACUCUCUGUUCUGGUCUGAGUCCGGAAACUACCUUCUCCGCAACAAUGGCGACAAGUUACAGAGAAACCAAUGUUUAUAGAUAUGGAUUAGUCUUGUUGAAGUGAAGCCUGUGAUGUUUAAUAUUUGGUUCCCUCUGAGUUUUGAAUGCUCUUGUUGGAAUGACUUGAAUCGGAUAUCUGAUGCUCCAAACGACCAAGUACGAGAUUUCGCUAACUGGUCAGCGAGGAUCUAGGGGCAACGUUUACCCAAAACCUUAGUUGAGAUUGAGAUGCUAAAGGGUAAGAGUCUAGGCUUGUACUUCUCAGCAGCUUGGUGUGGCCAAUCUCAAAGAUUCACCCCAUCUUUGGUGGAAGUGUACAAUGAGCUCUCUUCUAAAGACAAUUUUGAGGUUAUUUUUGUUUCAUCUGAUGAUGAUGACAAGUCUUUCAAUGAGUAUUUCUCUAAGAUGCCAUGGCUCGCUGUUCCAUUUCCUGAUUUAGAGAGAAGGGAUCGCUUGGAUAGCUUGUUCAAAGUGAGGGGAAUACCCCAUCUCAUAAUACUUAAUAAGAAUGGUAAACUGUCUACUGAGAGUGGAGUUGAUUUCGUCCAAGAAUUCGGCGCUGACGGGUAUCCUUUUACGCCGGAGAAAAUCACUCAAUUGAUGAACCAAGAGUUAGUAGCUAGAAGGAAUCAAUCCUUAAGAUCUAUCUUGGUCUCUUCCUCACGUGAUUUUGUAGUGACAUCUAAGGGAGAGAAAGUACCUGUGGCUGAGCUUGAAGGGAAGGUAGUUGGUCUUUAUUUUUCUUUGUUUUCAUAUGAACGAUGUAUUGCUUUUACGCCAAAGCUUGUGGAUGCUUAUGAGGAACUGAAAGGAAUGGGGGAGAGAUUUGAAAUUGUGUUGAUAUCCAUUGAUCAAGAUGAAGAAGUGUAUAAAGAAGCUUUAAUGAACAUUCCUUGGUUUGCAUUACCAUUCAGAGAUAAUAGAUGUGAUAAAUUGAUUCGAUAUUUUGAGGUUUCAACGCUACCCACCUUGGUUGUAAUUGGACGAGAUGGGAAAACUCUUCAUUCCAAUGUUGCUGAUGCCGUCGAAGAGCAUGGUUUUCUAGCGUAUCCAUUCACAAAGGAAAAGUUUGCAGAGCUUGCAGAGAUUGAAAAGGCAAAAGAAGAAGCUCAAACUCUCGAGUCUGUCUUAGUUUUGGAGGAGCAUGAUUUUGUCAUCAAGAACGAUGGAACCAAGAUUCCGGUGUUGAGUCUGGUGGGUAAGAACAUCCUCAUCUACUUCUCAGCAGAUUGGUGCCCACCAUGUCGUGCAUUUCUACCAAAACUCAUUGAAACAUAUGACAAUAUAAAGAAGAACGAUGAUAAUCUGGAAGUGAUCUUCAUCUCUUGCGACAGGGAUGAGUCAUCGUUCAAAAAUAUAUUCUCUAGAAUGCCGUGGUUGGCUGUUCCAUUUGAUGACCCGAGGAAAGCAUCGUUAAGGCGUAAAUUCAAGGUCCAAGUGGAAGGUACGCCGGUGCUUAUUUCUAUCGGAGCAGAUGGGCGCACGGUGACAAAUGAUGCUAUACAACUUAUUUCAAGUUAUGGUGCUAAGGCUUAUCCAUUCGAUGCUGGUCGAAUUGAAGAGUUGAAGUUAGAAAUCGAGGCGAUGGCAAAGAAUUGGCCACAGAAGGUGAAGCAUACACUCCAUGAAGAACAUCAACUUUACCUUGCAUCUCGACAAGGAUAUUAUGUAUGCGAUGGAUGCGAAAAGCAAGGCCAUUUAUGGUCAUAUAACUGCGAGGAGUGUGACUUUGAUCUCCAUCCCAGGUGUGCUUUGGAAAAGAGACCAGAAAACCAAAGUGAGAUGGAAGAAUGGAGUUGUUGUGGUUGAAGUUAAUUCCUUCCUUCAUAUUAAAAAAAGAUCUACACACUUUCCCAACCCAAAAGCCAAAACUGUGUUUCUCACAUUUGUAUUUGUAUGUAUAUAUCUUAUUCACUCUUUUGAGAUUUCACUUCUCUUUGAUUCUGAGUGAAACCUUCACUUUUCUAGUAUGAGAAAAGCCAAAAUCAAUUAAUUUUGGUCCUUUGCUUA